AUGGCUUCCCAAGCUCAGGUUUCUGUAGACAGAUUCAGUGAACUUCCACUAGAAAUGGCUCAUCACAUUCUGAGUUUCCUUUCCAUAGCUGAUGUCAUUCGAGUGAGCAGCUUAUCGAAAACAUGCAAAGGUCUACAUCUAUCGAAUCCUAUUUUGACUAUGGAUUCAUUUCCGUUCACCCUCACAUCUGAUAAGAGGUUGGAGUUGUUCAACUCGUUGGAUCGCUUCCUGGUUCAACGCGGGAACAACAAGGUAGAAUCCUUUAUCUUUGAAAUGGAGUCUGUAUACCAGCAUGGGGAAACCGAAAUAGAAAGUCACUGUAGUUUUGAGAAAUCACGAAUUCUGAGUUGGAUUCAAAAUGUAGUAGAUCAUUGCAACGUGGAAGAGCUUCAUGUUGUCUUUGAAUCUUUUAUGUCCAAUCCAGAAGAUUAUAGUCUUGAUGUUAAGAUAGAUUUUCCUGCCUGUAUCUUUCUUUGCCAGUCAUUGAGUUACUUAAACCUGCAAAUGGACUGUGCAAUACUUAAAGCUCCCUCCUUCUCUACUUGUCCCCCCUCUAAUCUCGUGCACUUGAUCCUGACACAUGUAACAAUAGAAGACGGUGAAGGGUUUUGCAAAUGGGUCUCUUACUGUUGUAGGUUCAUUAAGGAAUUGAGGCUGGCACUAGUUUCUGGUUUGGAUAACAUCACCGUUCAAAGUUCGUCUUUGGAGUACUUUUGGGUGCACUCAGAUGUUCUUUCGAAUCUUGUAAUAUCUGGUGAUAGAAUUCAAGAAGUAUAUAUAGACUGGGAGUAUGAUGUAACCACCAAGCAGAGCAAUAAAAGUUUGAACAUUUCGGCACCAAAUCUGAAGUGUCUGACAUGGAUUGGGAAUAUGUUGGAUCAUCAGCAUCUUGGGCAAGUGAAUUGUUUGGAAAAACUUGUUAUUUCUUUGACUUGUUAUGAUGUAAAUGAUUUGGAUAGCGUUUGUGAGCAGUUCCUUUGCAGUAUAAGAAGUGUUAAAGUUCUUUUUCUAGACGCAGUGACUGCCAAGACUUUGUUCAGGAAGGGAUUCAGACCUGCUCCAUUGAGCAAUGUUUGCGACUUGCUUAUGUUUAUUCGGUGCAGUAUUGAUGACAACCUUGUGCCAGCCAUGACCUCUCUAUUUAGGGCUGUGCCCAAUUUGAUUUAUUUGAAUGUGUCAUCUUCUUCUCAAUUUCCUAUUCCACUUGCUCUUCUAAACCUUCUUGGUUGCGAUGAUAAUAUAUCUGGAUCUGAUGGGGGAUGUUGGGAACUCCAGGGGCUUGAUUUUGUUUCUAAGGUGGAGGAGGUAAUCAUAGGGCUUAAUUCAGGUUGCAAUGGAUUUGAAUUAGCAAGGUACAUGCUUGAGCAUGCUCGUAAUUUGAAAAAACUGUCUGUUAUCACUACACCUGAUGAUCAAUCAAGUUCAAUACCGGAUAUAUGGAGAAGCAACCCUUCUUUCAAUUCUAGAGUUGUCUUUGUGGAAGAGGAUUACUAG